UGAGGCGUCUCUGACUCUGUUCCUGUCCUGCGCUCAUGAUUAUCGCAAACAACUGAUCAACAACAACCUUAGCUUUCAUUUUCCAUUUGAUUGUUGACGGCGCAACAUUUCUUGCCACAAUCUCUACCUUCCUCCUUAUCUUUCCAAUUUCAAUCUCAAUCUUCUUCAAUAACCUAUCUGCUGCAUCAUGACCCAUCAACGUUUGCACCCUCUCUAAUACCCCCACCUUAUUCCUUCCUUAUUCAUUCAUGGAUACUGGACUAAACGAAAGACCCUUUUUGGGUUUUCGUUUUGUCUCCAAAUUUUUAUUUUGCGCCAUUUCUGGAACUCUCACUGCAUGUUUUGCCCUUGCUGGGGCCCUCACAGGAGCUAUAGCUGGUGCUUUAGCAGCUAAGGCUACAAAGAGUGGUUUUCUCCGGGGAGUUUCAUUGGGUGCCAUUGCCGGGGCUAUACUCUCUGUGGAGGUCUUGGAAGCUUCUCGUGCGUAUUGGUGUAUGGAGCAAACCGGUGCACGUGGUGCAUCAUCUAUGGCAGAUUUCAUAGAAGAACUUGUUCGUGGAAGGCUUGUAGAAGAAUCGCUAACACCUGCUAUUUUAACCGCAUACAAUUUGCAAUUUGAACAGGUUGGAAUUGCUAAUAACGCAGGCUAUGAUGAGUUUCAUGAUGUUCAUAGCUUAGCAGCAUCCAGAGGAUUGUCAGGUGAUUCGUUGGAUAAGCUACCGCACCAUAUGAUUUUGAAGGACAUGAAGGCAGAGGAUACUUUCUGCGCAAUAUGUUUGCAGGAUAUUGAAGUAGGUGAAAUCGCAAGAAGCUUACCUCGUUGUGAUCAUACAUUUCACUUGAUAUGCGUGGACAAGUGGCUUGUCAAGAACGAUUCGUGUCCUAUUUGCAGACAGAAUGUAUAGUUUUUCCAUUGGUAUUGUGUUUAUAUUUAUGGUCAGAUGUAUAUGUUGUAUUUAGUUGUUUAUAUGCAAACUUUUAUUUUUCCAGAAAGUGGGAGGAUGCAUUUGUAUAGUUGACAUUUUCAUUUUUAUACCAUUCUGUAAUCUAGUCCAAUAAUGUUUUGGUAGGAAAAACCAAAUGCUUAAUUGUCAUGUUUUGAAGAGAAAUUGAUAAUAAAGUUUGAAAAGCAGAUGAACCAUUUUCUCCUA